GACCCUCUCGGCCCUGACCUCAAGCUGACGACAACCCUCGCCUCUCACCUGAGUCCCGAUCCACCCUCCCACGGCCCUGCAGCCACAACAAAAUGGCCUUUCGUGAGCGCGUCAAGCGCGUCCUGGGCCGCAGCUCAUCGUCCAACUCGUCCAACUCGUCUCUCUCCAAGAAGACGACCGCCUCCACCACUCCCCGCGACAGCAACGUCUACCAGCCCGGCGAAAAAAUGCCGCCGAUGAAAUACCGCCGGCCGGUCCAGAAGGAGCAUAAGGAGAAGCUGGAGUCGUUCCAGUUCUCAAAGGCCUGGCGCCGACGAAGCGACAUGAGCCAGUACUCUCCCAUGGGGAGCAGGUUGCCGAGUCGCAUGAACAGCAUGAAGAGUCGGCAGAGCAUGCAAGUCGCGAGGGUCGGCCUCUCCCCCCAACGUACCCGAGAAGAGACGAGAUUCAGACCAAUCAGUCUGAAUGCCAAUCAAAGAGCGCAGCAACCAGCGACUAGCACCCGGCCCGAGACGGCAACGACAGAUGGCAGCGGCAACACCCAGCAGACCUUCACUCAGCAGGACCUGAACUCAGCUCUGGCACGCUCCCAUAUCGAGGUCCCUGCAACCUAGUAAGGCCGACCUCGAUGAUCUGAUCGACGUACGCAAUUUGCUUUAGGCCCGCGACGAACCUCAUUCUACUUCACACCCCGGCAAGCCGGCGCUCUCCUGUCCAUACGACAGCUUUACCUUCUUCCGCGAACAUACUUUUCGGCCCGACCG